AGCUCGUCUAUCAGAUGUCCUGAGAUUGUUGAACGUUUGCUGGUCAUGUGCGUAAGCCUUGGACUUUGUUGCUAACUAACCGGCUAAGUGACAUUGUUCCCUGUCCACAAGUGCUUAGGUGCGGUUUCAGCCUCUUCUAAUGCCCACACAUGGAGGACGUAAAAGAAGCCGAGGCGCGCAAGAGCGACAAGCGGACCCACCCCUUUCAAACUGCCGGCAUAUUUUCGAAAAUCUUCUUCACAUGGAUGCUGUCACUCUUCGUCAAAGGCUUCAAGAAGGACCUGCUAGAGGAGGAUUUGUAUCCUCAUCUGCCUGCCCAUGAGUCCACUUACCUGGGGGAUAAACUGGAGCGGGAAUGGGCGAAGGAGUUGAAGAGGAACGCAAAGGAGCCAUCGCUGUGGAGGGCGCUGAGCGGUGUUUUCGGCAAGCAGCUGCUGGUGCUGGCCUGUUGCUACUUCUUCAGCGAACUGUUCGUGAAGCUGGGGCAGCCGCUCUUCCUCUCCAAACUUCUGGAAUACUAUGAGCCAGGGUCCAGCAUGAGCAAGUCGGAGGCCUACUAUUAUGCUGCGGGCAUUGCUCUGUGCUCCUUCAUCACCCAAACCUUCCAGCACUCGUUCAUGCUGCACAACUUCCACCUAGGAAUGAAAAUCCGGGUAGCCACCUCCGCUUUAGUCUACCGCAAAGCGCUGCGGCUCAGCAAGGGGGCCCUGGCCGAAACCACAGUAGGCCAAAUGGUUAAUCUCAUCUCGAAUGAUGUGGGUAGAUUCGAGCUUGUUACCACCCAUAUCCACAGCCUCUGGAUGGCGCCAGUUGAGACCUCAGUGGUUCUCACCUUGAUCUACUUCUACGUGGGGCCUACUGGGAUGAUCGGGGUGCUGCUGAUGUUCCUCUUCAUCCCCUUGCAAAUGUGGAUGGGCAAGAAGACGUCGGAAUAUCGGCUGGCGACCGCCCUGCGAACCGACGAAAGGAUUCGCCUGAUGAACGAGAUCAUCGGAGGGAUGCAGGUCAUCAAAAUGUACACUUGGGAGAAGCCUUUUGCUAAGCUGGUGGAAUUCACUAGGCGGCGCGAGAUCCAGCAAAUCAAGAAAAUCUCCAUCAUUCGCGGCAUCAUGAUGUCCUUCAACUUGUUCCUGAAUAGAUCCUCAAUCUACAUCUGCGUUGUCACCUAUGUGCUCACGGGGAGCAUCCUGAACGCCCAGUACGUCUACGUGCUACAGUCGCUCUAUGGAGUGCUGCGGAUGUCGGUCACCAUGUUCUUCCCCCAAGGGAUCACGCAGGUGGCCGAGGCCAACAUCUCGGUGAAGCGGCUGAAGAAGUUCCUUCUCUAUGAGGAAGUAGCGGUUGACUCCAGCGCCACAUUCUUCAACGGCAUCCAAUCGAAGGAGCAACUGAAGUCUUCCAAGUCUGAAGGCCCCGUUGGCAUCCACAUGAACAGGGCCUGCUUCAAGUGGAUUAAGUCGCGCAACGAUAACACUCUUCAGGACAUUGACGUGCAGGUGGGCGCCCAAGAAUUGGCUGCAAUCAUUGGACCAGUAGGGAGUGGAAAGACCACGCUCCUCCAUGCAAUUCUGGGCGAGUUGGUUCCGUUGUCUGGAACUGUGCAGGUCACGGGGAAAGUCUCCUACGCCUCCCAAGAGCCGUGGCUCUUUGUCGGCAGCGUGAGGCAAAACAUCACCUUUGGCCAAAAUUAUGACGCCCGCAAGUACCACGAAGUGGUGCGAGUUUGUCAGCUCCAAAGGGACUUCAGCCUCUUCCCCUACGGGGACCGCACGGUUGUAGGAGAGCGAGGGGUGUCCCUCAGCGGAGGCCAAAGAGCGCGCAUCAAUCUGGCCCGGGCUGUUUACAAAGACGCCGACAUCUACCUACUAGACGAUCCCCUAUCGGCAGUAGAUGCCCAUGUAGGGAAGCAGAUGUUUGAAGAAUGCAUCACUGGCUACCUGAAGAACAAGUGCGUGAUCCUGGUCACCCAUCAGCUGCAGUAUUUGAAGAACGUCCAGAAAAUCUACCUGUUUGGGCACGGGAAGAUCGACCGCUCUGGGACGUACGAGCAGCUGCAGAACGCCGGCACUGAAUUCACUCAGCUGCUCAACGACCUCAAGGACAUAAUAGAUGAUGAGGAACCGGAUAAGGAAGAAGAGCCAGCAUUUGUGGACGUGGUGCCUUCGAAGCGCCUCAGGCGAAUAUCCACCAAAGAAGUGCUGCCAAAGGAACAAGACAAGGAGCAAAAGCUGGAAAAAGAGAGCAGAGGAGAAGGCACCAUUUCAUGGACAAUCUACAAGUCCUACUUCGUUUCUGGUGGCCACUGGUGCAAAAUCCUAACUCUCUUUAUAAUCUUUGUGAUGUCUCAAGGUUUGGGGAGUUUGGCUGACUAUUUCCUCACCGUCUGGGUCAACAUGAAUCAACUCAGCAAGGCUGGAGAGGGCCUGGCCGGUGCAAACAGCACUGCAGUUGAUCUGCCAGUUUUCCAGGAUUUCUGGAUUAACACCUUGAACAACGACAUGCUGCUGACGUUCUACAGUGCCAUCAUUUUCCUGCUAGUCACACUCACCAUUGGUCGAUCGCUGGCUUUUUACCGUUUCUGCAACAAAGCCUCCGUCAGGCUGCACAACAACAUGUUCAACAAGAUCGUACAUGGCACCAUGCGGUUCUUCAAUGUGAAUCCUUCCGGGCGCAUUCUGAAUCGCUUCUCCAAGGACAUGAACCAAGUGGAUGAAGUUCUGCCCAUGACUUUGCUGGAUACUUUGCAGAUUUCCAUGAACGUCUGCUUCAUCAGCAUCGUGGUGGCCUCCGUUAACCCCUGGAUGAUGCUGCCCACCGUUAUCAUGCUCACUAUUUUCUACUUUUUGAGGGUGGUUUUCCUGGCGACCAGUCGCAACAUCAAGCGACUGGAAGGGAUCACUAGAAGCCCCGUAUAUUCGCACCUUACAGCCUCCCUGCAAGGUCUGACCACCAUCAGGGCAUUUGGAGCCCAGGAAAUCCUCAAAAGUGAAUUCGACAACUACCAGAACGCCUAUAGUUCCGCCUACUUUAUGUUUCUGGGUGCGAAUCGGACGUUUGGGUUCUGGCUGGAUAUGCAUUGCGUGAUCUUCAUCAGUUUGGUCACCUUAAGCUUCCUGGUGAUGGACACAGAGACAAUGGGCGGCAACGUGGGGCUGGCCAUAACUCAGGCAAUUCAGCUAACUGGGAUGUUCCAAUGGGGGAUGAGGCAGUGGAGCGAACUGGAAAACACCAUGACUUGCGUGGAGAGGAUCAAGGAGUACGCCGAUGUGGUUCCAGAGCAGGAUCCUGAGUCCGAAGACCCGCCAGCUUAUUGGCCGAAUGAGGGCGGUUUGAGGUUUGAGGACUUGAGUUUGCGAUAUGCCUCAGGGGAGGAUUUGGUGCUCAAGAAUCUCACCUUUGAGGUGAAGAGGGCGGAGAAAGUGGGCAUUGUUGGCAGGACGGGGGCUGGAAAGUCGUCCAUCAUCAUCGCCCUGUUCAGGCUGGCCAUCAAUGAGGGCAGGAUUAUUGUUGAUGGCCUGGAUACAGCCAAAGUCAGUUUCAGAAGGCUGCGAUCCAGCAUCUCAAUCAUCCCUCAGGAGCCAGUGCUCUUUUCAGGCACUCUGAGGAAGAAUCUGGAUCCCUUCGACGAGUACAGUGACGAGGUGCUGUGGAACUCGCUGGAGCAGGUGGAGCUGAAACCAGCGGUAUCAGAACUUCCCCAGGGCCUGGAAAGCCGGAUGUCGGAAGGCGGAUCCAACUUUAGCGUGGGACAACGGCAGCUGGUGUGUCUGGCCAGAGCAAUCGUGCGAAAGAACAAAAUCCUCGUCCUGGACGAGGCCACGGCCAAUGUGGACCCCCACACAGAUGCCCUUAUUCAGACCACCAUCCGGGACAAGUUUGCCUCUUGCACUGUGCUGACGAUAGCGCACCGAUUGCACACGAUCAUGGAUUCGGACAAGGUUCUGGUCAUGGACGCGGGAAGAGUGGUGGAGUUUGGCCAUCCUCAUGAACUGCUGCUGAAGAAGGAGGCCGGAGUUUUUUACGACCUGGUCCAGCAAACUGGCAAAGCCAUGGCGGAGAACUUGGCGGGGAUUGCUGAGGAGGCCCACAGGAAAACCAGAAGUUAGGCGCCCUUGGAGCUUAGCGCUGCUGAGCACGGCGCGUAAACUGAGUCUGUGAUGGUUUAAGUACCUUCCUUCCUACUAAAUAUGAAGAGUUUUGAUGUGGAGACACUGUGACCUUAAUAAAAAUUCAUUAAAGUUGUCUUAAA